AUUCAACAGUCCAACUUGAAGUCCCGUCAAACGCGUCUGCCCUGCAUCUCUCUCUCUCUCUCUCUUGCAUCUCUCUCUCCAUCCCUCUCUCUCUCUCUCUCUCGCUCUCGCUAGCUCGCCGGGAACGGAAGAAUGGACGCCGUGGAUUCGGUGGUCGACCCUCUCCGGGACUUCGCCAAGGACAGCCUCUGCCUCGUCAAGCGUUGCCACAAGCCCGACCGCAAAGAGUUCACCAAGGUCGCCUUUCGCACCGCCAUUGGAUUCGUGGUCAUGGGUUUUGUUGGGUUCUUCGUGAAGCUCAUCUUCAUCCCCAUCAACAACAUCAUCGUCGGGUCCGGUUAGGAGGCGGACCUCAUAAGAAAGAAAGAUGGCGAUAUCUGCAGAAGUACAAGUCGGGAGCAAUUUUGGUUUCUUUCCGGGGUAGCAUGUUAACAAUGGAUAGUGUAAUGGUUUAAACUUCUAGGAACUGUGUCACCUACGUGUUGAGAAAAAAAAACACGUUUCAUGUUUCGGUCGCUGCUUACAUUUCUAUUAAUCGGUGAGUACUUUUUAAGAAGGUUGCGGUUUAUCUCCACAAUUCGAUCCA